AUGUUUUCACUUAUAAACACAUUUAUAUCGACGUUAUCACAAGAAUCGAAAAACACUUUAAUCACGCAUGAGAUCAAAAUCCCAGAAGUAGCAAAUUUAACAUUUGAUUAUCCAUCAUUCCUUCGUGUAAUAGACAUGCUUUGUAUAGAUUUAGCAGUAAAAGAUUGGUUUGCACACCCGAAUUAUGGUAAAAUUUCUUAUACUUCCACGCAAAUUAAAUUAUUACUUUCGAUCCUGACAACACAUUUAUUACAUAAUUCCUCUUUUAUAGAUACUUUAAAAAUAAGUCAUACUACUAUCAUUAAAACUACUGGUACCACUUCUGAUAUCAUCUUAGACAUUAUUCAUCAAAUUCCUAAAACUACUAAAAAUUGUUUCUCAAAUCUUAAAGAAUUUCAAUAUAAUUCUGAUACUCCUAUAAUGGAAGAUUUAUUUUUAAAACUCUCUCAAAUCACGAUUUCCAUUGAAAGGAUUUGUUUCACAAUUUAUAAAAACAUGACAAAUUCGGCUCUCACCUUAUUAAAAUCUCAAAGGAAUUUAAAAGAAUUAACCAUACAAUAUCAUAUCAUGUAUGAUAUCUUGAUAGAUCAAAAGGCUGUCUCAACAUUUUUAGACAAAUCAAAUA